AUGCAAGAAGAGGACAGCACCCCACCGCCGCAAGCCCGAGGGAGGGGAAGGGGAAGACCGAGGGGUAGAGGAAGGGGAAGGCCAAGGGGAAGUGGGAGAGGAAGUCUGGGUGCACCUGUUCAAUCUCAUCAAUCUCAGCAAAUUUCACCGCGCCCUGUAUAUAAUCCAGCUGAAGCGCAACCUCUAGAUCCGGCACUCACUCCGUCAUAUGACCCCGCCUGGUACAGUAGUACUCAGCAGCAUGGAGAGCUGGGGCAAGAGGCAGGCUUAGGCUCAGGUUCGGCUGGGCAACUACCAAAAGUCGAACAAACGAGUGAUUGGCAUCGCAGAUACUCUUCCGCAACAGAUUCCAGUCAGACUGGAUCGAAAAGCCCGCCAAAUUCUGACACUCAGUCUUUCGUAGACCGUUUGUCCGAAUCCAGAGUAUACCAAAACCCUAUGAUUUCAUCUGCAGCGGCCCGCAUAGAACCCGUUGUACAAGAUCGCCCAGGCCUUCCGAAUCUCUCGAGAUCUCCAAGUCCGAGCUCGCCAAUACUUUCGGGACGGAAUAAAAAAAGAGGACCAUAUUUUGUGGAAACAGAGAGAAGGGACAGCGACGGGUAUAUUUCUGAUGCCGAUUCUGAAUAUGCAGAGUUCAGAGCUCAAAUGGCAAAUUUGGAUGACCAAAUAGAAGAGCUGAGAAAUCCUGAUAUCGACACAAACGACUCGCAUCUCGAUCUUGAUGGCGAAGCAGUUGAGGGCCUUUUCUCCCAAACUCGUCCGGGGCGGCGACGUAUUGGUCAAAAUGGUCCUAGAUUCUCUGGCCGAGGGACGUUUCGGGGGCCUCGAAGGGCAGCACCACCAACAGGUGAUGUCAAGAUGCGACUGAGUACUGCGUCGCAGAUGUUCCUUCGGGAAGAAUAUCAUGAAGCUAAGAAGCUAGCCUUUGAGAUCAUUGCCAUCAAUGCAGAAACCCUUGAGGCGUGGACCCUACUGGCGACCAUAUGGAAGGAACUUGGCAGGAUCGACUAUGCAAUUAGAUGUUUAAUGUUUGCGGCUCAUAUGCGCCCCAAACAUCUGGAUAUGUGGUUCAACUUUGCAGAGUUUGCACUUGAAGAAACUGGGGAUAAGCGAUCGGACUAUUUAUUUCAUGCCCAGUUUGCCUAUGCUAAGGCUAUACGUGCUGAUCCCACCAGCCUGAAAGCACAUAUAGGGAAAGCACGAUGUUACGCCGAGCGGGACAUGCUGCCCAAUGCACUCAAAGAGUUUAUUGCAGUCCUCGAUCUCAAACCACAUGACAUGGAGAUACUAGAAGAGGUGGCCAUGUUAUGUAUUGACAUGGAUAAUGUUGACCCUGCGCAAGAACUCUACAGAAAAAGCAUAGCACAUUUAAGAGAAUCACCACGCACCACUGGUUCAUCAUUCAGUUGGACAGAUGCUGAUAUUUACCUCGAGCUCUAUGGGUAUGCUCGACAGUAUGACGAGGCCAUUAAAGAACUCAAAUCCCUGGCGCGAUGGCUCCUGGGCCGUGAAGAGGAAACUUUUUGGGACAACGUAACUGCUGAUGAUCGCGAAUGGGAUGCCAGUAGCACCAGAAGACUUGCGAUUGACGCUUUUGAACGUGACAAAUAUCCCAAUUCUUCAUAUGGACCUGGGUUGCCUAUUGAACUGCGAAUCAAACUUGGAUUAUAUCGUCUGCAUCUUUAUAGUCCUGAAUACAAGCGUCACUUCGAAUUUCUCGAUCCCGAAAACAAGACUGGAGAAAACAGAGUGGCAAACAACCCUUCUCUGUGUAGAAAGGUUGCAGAUACUUUUGUUGAAUUUGGUCUUCACGGUAGUGCUUUAAGAUUUUACAAGCCCUUGAAAGAGAUUGCCGAGGAGAGUACUGCAUCCCUGCAUAUACAAAUGGGGAAAUGUUUCUUAAAGGAGAAGUUCGAGGAAGAAGCAGAGGAAAGCUUCAAGGAGGCUAUACGGCUCGAUGACUCUGAUACUGAAGCUCGAGAGCUUCUGGCAAGUAUAUAUGAUGCAAGGGGCGAGGAGAAGUCAGCUUUUGACCUGGUCAGUCAAGUUUGUGAACGUAAACGACUACAAGAACCGGAGCCGGAUCUCCCUGCACCCCGGAGGAAGCAGAAGAGGAAGAAAACCCGAACUGAAGGCCCCUCAAAAGACGAUUCUCGUAUUUCAGAUCAGCCUCGCAAUAAGCUUGCCAGCACAUCAACGAGCAUGAGUCAGCAGAUUCUGGACGCCCAAUACAAUACCUUUAAGACCAAGCUCGAAGGCAUGAGAAAUGGUGACGCUGAGGCAACAGAAAUGUGGAUUGCUGCUGCCGAAAAUCUAACGCACGAAUUCAGAAAUGUCACCACAUUCUAUUCUUCGUUUGAUAGAAUAUCCAAGUUUAAAGGGUAUGGAGCGGACGAAAGAAUGGGUGUACAUACUUUAAAUACAGAUCUCUCAUUAAUGGCUGAUCGGUUGUCUCAAAGUCUUGGCGCAGAGCUUUCAGACUAUGCUAUAGCUCCAAAGAAUUUACCAGAUGACCAUAGAGGUCUCUCUUUUAGUACUUGGCUAGACAUCUUCAUGGAAUAUGCAAUAUGUUUGGCCAAAAGAGGUGAACAACAAAAGUCUUACGAGAUCGUGGAGGCUGCCAGCGAGGCAAUCAUCUUCUGCUACUCUCGGGAGUAUAAAUUUCAAAUACAUCUGUGUUGGUGUUUGUGUGCGUUAAUCUCAAACGACGAUCAAACACUCCUUGCUAUAUCUCGAUUCUUCAUGAAAGAUUAUCAAUUCACCACGGACGCCUAUAGAGUAUUUGCUGCUUUCGCCCGAAUGAACAAUGCUCCUGUUUCAUGGUAUAAUUCAGGUCCUACACAGAAGUUCGUUCUCCGUCAAAUCAAAGUUAUGGAUUAUGCCCUGGUCAACGAAGAAUCGCGGAAACAGAACUUUGUCGAAAAGGCAGCGUAUUCCGCUAUGGAUGAAAAUGGAAAGUUGGUAAUCAACGAAGACCUAGACGUUUCCCUCCUCAUGCUCUACGGUUAUAUUCUCUCGACGAAUAACAAUUUCCAGUUUGCUCUGAAUUAUUUCCUGCGAGCCUUUGCGCUUGAUCCACACAAUCCAAUUAUAAAUCUUACUCUAGGACUUGCCUACCUUCAUGAUUCUCUCAAGCGGCAGAUUGAGAAUAGGCAGCAUUCCAUUCUUCAGGGACUGACGUUCAUCUUUCGCUAUUACGAUGCUCGUAGCGAGUCGCAACACAUUGAGGAAAGACUAGAGGCACAUUACAACGUGGCUAGAGCAUAUCACAUGCUGGGUCUUGUGCACCUUGCAUUGCCUUACUAUUGGAAGGUCCUAAACGAAGGGAGCGAGGACAUCAAGGAGGGUUUGUUUAUGGAUGCGGCCUACAAUAUGCAAACCAUCUACAUGAUGUCUGGAAACGCAGAGAUGGCCCAAAAAUUCCACGAGCUAAAGUGGGAUGACCCAUCUCAUUGGCCCAAUGCGGGACGGCAGCCUACCCUGCUGAAUAAUGUUAAUACGGUACCAACUCAACUCAAAAUGACAAAUGAAAUUAUUCCAUCCGCUCUCAGUCUCAAUCGAGGCGAUACGAUCGCAUUCGUCUCUCCCUCAGAGCGCUUGAACGAGAUCUACCCCUCCGCAGUCACGCGUGCAAAAUCAUAUUUCGAAGCUCUUGGCUUCAAAGUGAAGACCUUCGAUACCAAAUUACUUUCCACUGACUUCCGAAGAAAGACGCUACAGCGCUGCGAAGAACUGCACGCUGCCUUCGCGGACCCAGAAGUGAAAUGCGUUCUCUGCACAUCUGGAGGGACCACUUGUAACGAGCUUGUACGUUUCCUGGAUUACGAUCUCAUUAGAAAGCACCCCAAGAUUUUCUGUGGCUACUCGGACAUUACUCUCUUGCAUUACGCUCUGUACACGCAGUGUGGGCUUAGGACUUUCUAUGGCCCUACUGCUGUUAUCGAAUUUGGGGAACCCCCUUCCCCGCAUUCCUUCACCGCAGAUCACUUCCUAAAAGUGCUUACCGGGGAAGGAGUGGGUGCCGUCCCAAGAAGUUUGGAAUGGACGCAAGAGCCAAUUGACUUUUUUAUCUCAGGAGACAGUAGUACGAAGGAAAGAGCGUUGCAGACUACUCCUCCAUGGCGCUGGCUCCGUGGUGGGCAGGCCAGCGCGCCGAUUAUUGGAGGCUGUCUUUCUGUGAUGAUGAGGGUGAAAGGCACCAAGUUCUGGCCUAGUCAUAAAGGGAAAAUUCUGUUGCUGGAAAAUUCAAUGGGUGAGGAUGACAUUACUCCCAUUCCGAUUUAUAGAACAGCCAGCUUCAUGGCUGAUUUGGGGAAUGUGGGUAUGUGGGAUGAUAUUGUGGGAUUGGUAAUUGGAAGACCAUUUGGACAUGACGACAGAAUGAGGGAGGCGUUUGGGAAGAUGGUGUUGGAGCAGUGUAAUGGGACUGACUUUCCGAUUUUGUUCGACGUUGAUGUGGGGCAUACGAGUCCGAUGCUUACGAUUCCGUUGAAUGGGAUGGUUAAGCUAGAUUCGGACGCCGAUGAUUUUUCAAUCUUGGAGAAGGGUGUAGUAAACUGA